UCUUUAUUAUAUAUACGGUACCUAUAAUCUACUGACUACUUACCAUUUAUCCGCUAAUAUUUUAUUAGAAAUGAAUAUUGGAAAUUUUAACGUAUUAUUGGAAGAAGCACAAUUAGGAAGUCAAAAGGAGAUUGAGCAAUUACUAGCCCUUGAUUAA